AUUUCACGGGUGAAACGUUAGGCUGCCGCAGUUGAACCACCGCGUAAAAGUUGGAAAAGUUGGAAAAGUUUUUUGGUGACAUUUUAAAUUUCCUGGGAAGUGAGACAACCAAGAUUAAUGCCGGAAAAGUGUAAAGUUCACUCCCUUAAGAAACAGGAAGAAACAAUACUAAUGAGCCGGGUGGGAGAGAUUGUGGCUUUGGAUAAUUGAAUAAGCCAAGAUUUUAAAUCUCAACGCAACACUGGAAGGGCAGGAAACUUUUCCCGUCAAACAAGUUGGUUUGUGAAAGGAGGAAGUGCACAGAAAGUUUGAAUAAAUAUUAAGUGUGAAUUUAAUUACGUUUGUUAAUUUCAACUAAAAGUGUUGCAGAAGCAAAGUUAGCCCUGUGUGGAGAAAGUGCAUUUUAUUUGGAUUAAUAACUGAAAUACUAAAGAGCUGCUGCUAUGGCCAAAUCAUUUAUUAAGUAUCUGACCACCUACCGGAAUAACGACAAAAUGUCCGACCAGACGACGGGUCGGCAGCUGCAGCGGAUCCUGCACUAUUCGGUGACGCCGUGCCGGCCGCUGCUCGGCCUGCGCCGCUCCGAAUGUGCCCUGUACGACGUCGACUGUGACGAGGUGUACCCGCGGCUGUACAUUGGCGAUGCAGCCUCGGCGAGAAACAAGCAGUAUUUGCGGCUGAUUGGCGUCACACACGUGCUCAACACGGCCGAGGGCACGCGGUUUGGCCAGGUGGACACCGGCCACAGCUUCUACCGGGACAUGUCCGGGGUUAGUUGCACUUUCAGGUACAUGGGCUUCCCGAUGGUGGACCAGCCGACGACGGACAUCAGCCGGUACUUUUACAUCGCGUCCAAGUUCAUCGAGAACGGCAUCAACAGCGGGGGCAAAGUCCUCGUGCACUGCAUGAUGGGCAUGUCGCGGUCGGCGACGUGCGUCCUGGCCUACCUGAUGAUCGCCCGCAAGAUGUCCGCGGCGGAGGCGAUCCGGACGGUCCGGAUGCACCGCGACAUCCGGCCCAACGAGGGCUUCCUGCAGCAGCUGGCCGACCUGGACAACGAGCUGCGGCGCGACCGGAUGUACUAUUGACUCGAGUGUGGCCAACGCUUCCGGAGGAAAUAGCGCUCGGUGACCAACUGAAUUCGUUGUCCCAUUUUUUUCCUAACCUUCCUUCCCUAACCUGUGAAAAGGGGUUUUCGCUUUUUUUCUGACAUGGUCACGUAAUAUUUUAAAAACAUCUAAUCAAAAACUCACGUAAAAAUACGCGGUGAUUCGUUGCUGAGAUGAAAGGUCGUAGGCUCGAGGCUCUAGGUUAAGGGAAAGAGAUUGUUAGUAGAGAAUGUUAUUAUAGAAGAGAUAAAGUGUAACGAUCUCAGCUGAAGGAAAACAAAGGAAUCAGAUUCACUACCCCUCUAUAUAUUUAUACAUAUUGUUAACGUGAUUUAUUUUACUUUAUCGGAAUACAACACAACGUCCUUUUGAAGGAAAGGGGACAAAAAACUCAUCACAUGGCAAUGAAUAGAAAUUUAUCGCAAGAAACGAAACAUAAUGGGCACACAUCACAUGAACAAAAAGGCAGACAGUCACACUGAAAGGGUGGCAAUUUUUCAUCGGAGCUGAAACCCAUUCAAUUGACAGACUUUCAGACUGUUCGGCGAAUAAUAAGCCCCGAUGAAAGGUUACCUCCCCCCAAGCCGCAGAUGGUAGUAUUUUAUCGAUUUCAGACAGUCACACAUGUCUGAGUUGUUACGUCGAAUGCUAUAAUUUAUAGUACGCACCAACCCCCCCAUAACCUUGCACCAGAUUCACCAUUUUGUGCACAACAUUACGACAGUUACGAUUGUAGAGAGAAUGAACACAUAUUUUGGUACAACUAUCAAAUCUUCCUUCGUGAAGAUCCGAACAAUUUCUAGGAAAUCCAACCCGAUCAAAAAAACAUCAUAGUUACAAUAAAACGGUAGAAAGCACAGAGUUUAGUCAACAGCAGAAGGUAUUCACAAAAGUAUAUAUUUUUAAACAAACAAGUAAACAAAAAGUGCUGAAGUCUGCGGACGAACCAAAGUUUCAAGUUUUGCUGUUAUCUCGGUUUGAAACCACACCAGUGUAGCAAUGUUUAGUGAAGAGAGGACAAAUUCGAGCGUCGUAGCACACCAACAUAUAUAUUACAUUAUAUAUAAAUUAUACUAUACUAUUUGAAGCAAAAGUGAGAGAUUUAACAACAAACGACACAUACAAACACACAUAAACACACACAAUAAACACUAGAAAGCGGUAAGGCAAAAAAAAUAAGAAACAUUUAUGGGACAUAAAUCAUAAUAAAUUUUACUAGAUCGAUCGCAAAGAAAAUGAAAAAAAAAAACUAUAACUCAAACGAUUAACAAUAGCCUGAACAAAA